AUGAGUAAUGAAGUUCCGCAUGUAGUAGCUGGUUCAUAUAAAAAGGAUUAUUGUGCGUUUUGUGACGUUUUCAUCCCUCCAUCACUAGUCGGACCGUUUUGGGUAGGGAUAUAUGUGAUUGACAGAGAGUUUGAUAACAAAUAUAGUUCCUAUCAAGUCUGUACUCCGACGAGCAAACGGAUUUCGUUUGAUCCUCUUCCAGCCGGGAUGUAUGAAGUUCGACUCUUUAAAGAUCGAUAUACACGCUUAGCCGUUUCCAAUGUCAUAUACCUUGGAGGGAAAGCCAAGAUCUCUUUUGCCAAAGAUCUUGAAUUCCCGCAUUUGAUAAUUGUUUACUAUCAAGAGAUCUCAACAUCAGAAGACUGGAUCGGCUUAUUCGAAAAAGGUGUCCACUCGAUGAAACAGUUCAUCGCUCGUCAAACUGUUUCCGUCACACAGAGAAAUGUCAAGUUCAACUGCCGACUCCUUAAGGUCGACCCGACACGGUAUGUCGGGGAUAAAUGUAUACUGAGAGAGUUCGAGUUCAGAUACUUUAAGGAACACUCAGUCGUGUCAAGUACAACAGCUCCGUCGGGAUACUCAAAGUCAUUUACUUUGGACUUCCCGUCACUCCAUGCCGAGAGAUUAACGGUCGACGCUAUUCAUGUCAUAUGGAAGAACACACACCACAACAUCUGGAUCGGUGUCUAUAAAGACAAGAACGCCACGUCGUAUAUGACGUAUGAGUACGCAAAUCAAGACUGCGACUUCAUUAACUUUAAAGUGAAAUAUGUUGAAGGAGAAACUUGGGAAUUCAGGAUGUUUUCAACACAAUCAAAGGAAAUGCUUUGGAAGUGUGAAUUGACUAAAACAUUGUUUAACUAA